CUGAGGAAUGCUCAUGGGACCGGUGGCGAAAGCUCCGAGCGUUAUACUGCCUGUGCUAUUUGCGCAUGUCCUGAGAUCCACGAGCAAGUCAAUCUCGCGAGAACUUGGUUCAUGUAUCUGCUCUGGCCAUUCACAGCCGGAGCCCACCAAUCAGCAGACUUGAUUUCUAGUCAGGUUACACCGACUAUUGACGACACCUAUGGCAGUAUUAGUCCGGAACGGAGUAGCAGAUUUAGGACUUAUGUUAAUCGACGGGACGGUUAUAGAUGUGUUGUUUCAGGUUUAUGGGAUGGACCACAUGUUCCCGCUAGUGCUCAUCAGGGUUAUGUAACCUUGAUAGGAGCGCACAUCUUGAAACGGGCUGUUGGGGUUUUCACCAUGGACCGGGCACAUACCGCGGCUGCAACGUGGAGUAUCAUUCGACAUUACUCAGGAAUGUCCGAAGAAACUAUUAAAAACAUGGAAAGGCUUGUAGACGACCCUUCCAAUGGCAUGAUGCUUGAAGGCAAUAUCCACCAUAAUUUUGACAACCUAAAAAUAUACCUAGAGCAGACGGAGGUGAGCCUGCGGUCUUGCAUCCUCGUAAUGCCUCACAUUGAUCAGCGCUCCAGCGAGCAAACGAGUAUGUAGUC